ACGGGCCACGAGCGGCGGCGGGACGGGCACCCCUGGGCCGGGGACGGCGUGCACCGGCCCCGCUGAGGCGGCCCACGGAGGGGAACGUGGCGCUCAGUCCCGCCCGGCGCGGAGGCGGAGGCGGCGCGGGGCCCGCUGGGAACCGCAGUCCUGGGCGCCGCCAUUUCUCCCUCCGGCAGCGCAGGGGCCCCGGCCGCGGUGACUCUGGGCAUGGAGAGCGGCUUCGGCUCCGACUUCGGCUCCGGAGGAGGCGGCGGCGGGGGGAAGCUGGACCCGGGGCUCAUCAUGGAGCAGGUGAAAGUGCAGAUCGCCGUGGCCAAUGCACAGGAGCUCUUGCAGCGGAUGACGGACAAGUGCUUUCGGAAGUGCAUCGGGAAGCCAGGCGGCGCCCUGGACAACUCCGAGCAGAAGUGCAUCGCCAUGUGCAUGGACCGGUACAUGGACUCCUGGAACACAGUUUCGAGAGCCUACAAUUCUCGUCUGCAGCGGGAGAGAGCCAACAUGUGACGCCUGCCAGCCUCCAGGCCGAGAAGGGACCAUGUGGGGAAGGGACGAGCGGCCAGUCCAGAUGGUUAGGGGUGAAUCCUGCAGCCUUCCCAGCCCCUGCUGUGGCAGAGCAAUAAAACCUCGCUGAACCUUUUGCA